AUGCCUGAAAGCGAUCAUGAUUCGGUGAUUCCAGCCCAACUCUCGUACCUUGCCAUCUAUAACCCGAGCCUCGGACCUACCGACGAGACGAUAGCGGACCAGAUCGUGUUCUAUACUUCGAAAUCGAGCUAUGCACGGCGCAUCGAUGGCUCCACAGCAGAAGGUGAAGCAAACAAAUGCCUUGAAGAUGAACAGAAUGAGAGAUUGCGCCAGAUAGGUCUGGCGCAGGGCAUGGUCAACUUUGCUAGCAACUUCUCGGCUGGAAAGACACUGGAAUAUGUUGAAACAGACAAAGCGUGGGUUGUUUUGCUUGAGUUGGAGAAGGACUGGUGGGUUGUUGCUUCUAUCGACCUGACUCGAAUUCCCGCCGAUCCAGCCCAGAGAUCUUCGGGGGAAUCUGACUCUCCGGCAUUUCAUUAUUCCUCACGAGAGAUGGGACCGCCACCUCUACUGAUCCAGCAAUUACGUCGCGCCCAUUCGGAAUUCCUCCUACACCACAACUUCAAAUUGGACGACAUCCUCCAUCAAGUCGGCAGGUCCACAUUUUGUCUGUUCCUUGAGCGUUUCUGGGAGAAGUUUGCGUGGAAUUGGGAACUUCUGUUGACCGGAAACCCAAUUGUCGAUAUCUAUAAUGGCAUCAAACUCUCUGCGGGAGGAGAGUUGGGGAUCGGCGUCGGGGAGGAAGAGUGGGGCAGCGGGGAAAGAGAAGUACUUGAAGACUUUGUGACAAGGACCGAUGGCUUAGUGGACUUGGUUGUCUCCAGGUUUGGUGAUCCAUCCCCACAGUUCGAGGGGUCUUCGACUUUGACAGGCUCAAAUGUCCAAAGUCGAUGGCUUGGGGCAGAUAACGAUCCUCGACCAUCCGAUGGUGUGGUAUUUACUGGUGUCGGCGCUCUUUCUCGGCACUCACUAGCGCAUGUAUCACACUGGAUGGAAUGCAUUUAUCGGUUUGGGGAUGCUGCGUAUGGAGUUGGGCGGGACCCAACGUCGCUGCGUCGCCGUAAACCACGAAAGCAGCGUGGAAGGCAAAUUUCGGAAGAUUCCCCUCAUCCCUCCACGCCGAAUCGCAAUUUUACGCCAGGUAUACCUCGUCCGCUCAUAACAGCAGCACCGCAACCACCCCCAGAAGUCGUUGAGGAGAAUCAAACAGGAACAAGAAAUGAGGCAUCGCCACUUCGCACCGAGCAAAACAGCGAGAACCAAGGGUUUCCAACAGAGGCAGUCAUGAAAUAUCUCACUCUCGGAUAUGGCUCCUCAUGGAGUUUCUCUCCAAAGUCGACAUCUACGCCGCCUGAAAGUUCUACCCCAAUGCAAGAUGAAUCCAAUUCAAACAUCUCAAACCCGAAAAAUCAGCCCAUUAGUGCUGGACAAUCACCUCAGGCCGGUGUAAAACAUCGAAACAGCACGAGGAACGGUCCUUCGGGUCAUUUCGUUCUUGGACCUCGUGAUGAUCUAGAAAAACUGGAUGAUUUAGAAGAGGGAAGCCCAGAGCCCGAAUCGGAGAACGGCCAGCCCAAGACUCGGAUAGUGCAUAGAACUCUACAUGUGCACCUAGGGGAUGGUUCAGAUACUACUCCGACAAAGCUCCAAGUCGUGAUAUAUGUGCAUCAACCAUUUAUGUUUACAUUCCUCUUUGAUCCUCAAACACCAGCAUUAUCAUCACCAUCACUAUACUCAAGCAUGCAUCACCAACUCGGUCCUCUUCAGAAACCCCUUCUAUCAUCAACAUCCCCAACAAUGGCGGCCUCUCGAAUCGCCAUGUCCGAGACUUCCCCGGACCCUAAUAAACGAUUCUCCACUCGAGCCCAGCCAGUUUACGAUCUAGUCUACGACCCAUCUAACCUAACCAUCCGCUCCUCCAUCCCUAACAUUCCCAACAUGAACAUCACCUCCCCCUCCACCCAGCCAACCAAUUCACCAGCCCGUUCCCCAUCCCCUUCCCCUUCCCAAUCAUCAACACCAUCCUGGUCCCGCAUUGAAAGCCUAGCAAUCCACCACCGCCUCUUAUCAACACACACAGACACGCGGUCCCGCCCGCAAGAGCUCGAACGCACAAGCAAAACCCACCGCGGAUGGUGGGUCGUCUGGGUCCGCAUACCACACAGCACAACCCAAACUCCAACCGCGCUAUCUGCCACUUCUUCAUCCGUUGCCCUCUCAUCUAUAGCCAACAACGAUGACUUCUUCCCCGCAAAUCAGUCCCAAGCGCACCCUGCUCCUCCGCCUCAGGAGGCCUUCCUCGUCCGCAAAGCGAGUGACUACAUCUCUCCGGCAAACCAUGGCCGUGUCAGCAGUGGCGCUCGCUUCUUCCGUGAUCUAGGCGGUGCGUCUUCUUCCGCAGGCUUCACGGGGUCUUCCCGUGCUGCGGAUAUGGCGCCAUCGAAGCUGGUUGAGGGGCUUGGCAUGGACGCUAGACGCUAUAUUGAGGGCCUGCUGAGUUUGAAUCGGUAG